CGCCUCCUUCCGCUCCGACCAAUCCGGGUGGGCCUGCGAGCGGCAUGGCUUCGUAGAGCUCUGAAAGCUGGCAAGGCUGACAACUCUGAGCGGUAUCUCUACUCUACUCUUGCUACCCACGUCAGCCGCCAGGCUUCCCAGCUCCGAGGGCCCGCUUUCCCUUUGGCCUGUAGGACUCAGCCUCGGAGAAGAAUGGAUCCUCCUUUUGAUGUGUGGAACCUCUCCUCAUCUUUAUUAUCAUUAUGGAUAAACAGGUUUUACAUUUACUUGGGCAUUGCUUUUGGCAUUAGCCUUUGGAUUUGUUUCCAAGUUGCCAUCAAGAAGCAGUUGUUUAUUUUCAAGGCCAAGAACUCACAGGAGAAGUCUGUUCCAAAAGCAACUCAGGAUUUGACGACAAAUGGUUAUCUCUCCCUUCAAAAGAAGCAAAUCUUUGUAUCUGGAGUGAAGAUUUUCUAUGGUUCCCAGACUGGUACAGCAAAAGGAUUUGCAGCAAUUCUUGGGAAAGCAGUUAGCUCCCUCGAUCUGCCUGUGGAAGUCAUUAAUCUGAAAGACUUCGAUCCAGACGAUCAUCUGAUAGAAGAGAUCUCCAGUCAGAACAUCUGUGCUUUCCUGGUUGCUACAUACACGGACGGGCGGCCACCUGAGAGCGCGGAGUGGUUCUGCAGGUGGCUCGAGGAUGCAGCCAGUGACUUUCGAUUCGGCAGAAACUACCUGAAGGGUGUGCGAUAUGCGGUGUUUGGCCUGGGAAACUCAGCCUAUCAGAGCCACUUCAACAAGGUUGGUAAACGCGUGGACAAGUGGCUGUGGAUGCUCGGGGCCCGUCGCGUGCUGGCCCGAGGGGAGGGCGACUGUGAUGUGGUCCGAAGCAAGCAUGGCAGCAUUGAAGCCGACUUCAUGGCCUGGAAGGCCAAGUUCAUCGCCCGGCUGCAGGUGCUUCGGAAAGGAGAGGACAAGUCCUGUGGUGGCCAUUGCAAGAGAGGCAAGUGCGACUCCAGGCUGCAGGACUCGGAGGAGCAGGAGCAGGAGCAGGAGCCGGAGCCGGAGCCGGGGCCAGCCUGCCGAGAUGGACCUUGGCCUGCAGACACUCAGGAGGAAGAGGCCUGCGAGAGCUCCGGUGAGGAGGAGUUGGGGCCUGGCGACCAUCCGAGCCUAAAUGCUGUUGUUGAUGUCGAGGAUCUUGGCAAAAUAAUGAAUCACGUGAAGAAGGAAAAGAGAGAAAAGGAUCGUCAGGAAGAGAAGACUGGUUUGUCCAGGAACCCAGGGGAGAGUGAUGGUGGCGAGGGCAGAGCCAUGAUAACUCCUGCUCUCCGAGAGGCCCUGACUAAGCAAGGUUAUCAGUUGAUUGGGAGCCACUCUGGGGUGAAGCUCUGCAGGUGGACAAAGUCCAUGCUUCGAGGGAGAGGAGGUUGCUAUAAACAUACAUUCUACGGCAUCGAAAGCCAUCGCUGCAUGGAAACCACUCCGAGUUUGGCCUGUGCAAAUAAAUGCGUCUUCUGCUGGCGGCACCACACCAAUCCAGUGGGCACAGAGUGGCGGUGGAAGAUGGACCAGCCUGAGAUGAUCUUAAAGGAAGCUAUAGAAAACCAUCAGAACAUGAUCAAACAGUUUAAAGGAGUUCCCGGCGUCCAAGCAGCACGCUUGGAGGAAGGAAUGAAGGUGAAGCACUGCGCCCUGUCCCUUGUGGGGGAGCCAAUAAUGUACCCUGAGAUCAACAGGUUCCUGCAGCUGCUCCACCACUGUAAAAUCUCCAGUUUCCUUGUCACCAACGCGCAGUUCCCUGAGGAAAUCAGAAACCUGAAGCCAGUUACUCAGCUGUAUGUCAGUGUGGAUGCCAGCACCAAAGAUAGUCUGAAGAAAAUUGACCGCCCACUCUUCAAGGAUUUCUGGCAAAGAUUCCUUGACAGUUUAAAGGCCUUAGCAGCAAAGCGACAGCGCACCGUCUACAGAUUGACCUUGGUGAAGUCCUGGAACGUGGACGAACUCCAGGCCUACGCGGAGCUGGUGUCCCUCGGGAACCCCGACUUCAUCGAAGUCAAGGGUGUUACCUACUGCGGAGAAAGUUCAGCAAGCAGCCUCACCAUGGCCAACGUGCCCUGGCAUGAGGAAGUCAUCCGCUUUGUGCGUGAAUUGGUGGAUCUGAUCCCUGACUAUGAAAUAGCAUGUGAGCACGAGCAUUCCAACUGCCUCCUGAUAGCGCACAAAAAGUUCAAGAUUGAUGGAGAAUGGUGGACGUGGAUUGAUUACAACCGCUUCCAGGAGCUCAUCCAGGAAUACGAAGAUAGUGGUGGAUCCAGAAGUUUCUGUGCAGAGAAUUACAUGGCCCGAACUCCUCAUUGGGCCUUGUUUGGUGCCAGCGAAAGAGGCUUUGAUCCCAAGGACACGAGACAUCAGAGGAAGAGCAGAUCAAAAAACAUUGCUGGAUGUUGAGCUGGUCUGACGUCAUCAUGUAAAGGACGAAGAGGAGGGACCCAGGAGGUCAUUGGAUUCCCAUGACUUCCAAGGACAAACCCUGCCACAUAGAUGUCAUGCAGUUAAGAUGCAAGUCAUGUCACAGGACUGGAGAGACUGCAUCCACACUCUGAGUGCCUAGACUUGGCCCAGCAUUUCUUACCAGAACUCAGGCCACUUCUGGAUUUUAUUUCUGAGAGGACCAUCAUUUUGUGGGGGAGAAGACAGUCAUGAGCAGAACAUAAUUAAUACUUUUUUGAGUCAUAGUUUAGGAAGAUUUCCUAAAACACUAUUCAUGAGUGUUGUAUGAAGAAUAAACAGCCCUGCCUCUUCCUCCUUCUGGGCUCUUGGUUUUUUGUUAAGCUGCCACUUGGCGUGGGGCUGUGCCUUCCUUAGCUACUAUAUCAGAAUGCCACCCCUUCCUGAUGCCUUUACACGAUACUCCAGGAAAUAUUUUAAGUUGUCACAGUUUUCAAGUUUCUUAAAUACUGCACCAACUGCUUUAAAGUUUUGCCUUUUACUAACUGUGUGGGAAAUUGUUUUGGACAUUGCACUGUACUGGAUUCCUCCAAUCCCAUACAUAUUAUACGGGCAGGAUCAGAGUAGAAGCUCUGUGUCAGAGAAAUCAACUUGUGAUGACAGCAAUUCCCAGCCUCAGCAGCACCCUCCGCAGUGAGGAGGCCGCGCCAGGCCUGGAGGCCGCCGUUGGCCUCGCCUCACAGCAGGCCGCCAUCUUUGUUCCCUCCCGUGACCCUUGCUGCUCGACACAACCUGGUCUUUAAAUUUCAGAUUGUUUCUAGUUAAAAACAUCAUGCUUAAUAGUUUUAUUUCAGUUGUCAAAGUUAUUUUAAAAUUCUUUUAUCCAAAAAAUUAAUGAAAGUCUUUCAUAAAGACUUGACAUAUGAAUAUUCUUUUACAUGCUUAAGAUCUCUCUGGUCACAUAGUUCUGAGCCCCAGCAGACCCGCCCUUUCAUGUUGCACUGUUUUAUCAGAGCUUCUGUUCUAUAGUGAACUAAAAUCCACAGAUGAUAUCAUGUACACCUACCCACUUAGUUGAACACUGAGUGCCAUAUUUCGUUUUUAAGUGGAAGACGGUGACUACAGGAAAAUCCUGUCUUUGUGUUUACAUCACUUUCAGGAUUUCACUUCUGACACUGGAUGUGGCAUGCGGGGUCCCACGUGAUCAGUGACAGUUCAGUCCAGUUCCAUUGCUGCUGUGGCCGUGUCUAGAUGUCUCCCCAAAGCCUCAUGCAGUCGGAGGUGGUGUUGGGUCUAGAAUGUGUGGUGCUGGGAUGAACUCUGGUGCAGUGCUAGGCUCAAGGGCACAGGAUUAAGGGGGAGUGCUACCCAUCCUGAGUGGCCUGGACAAGCCAUAAGGGACAGAACUGUUAUCUUUGCUUUCCUUAUUUUGCUACUUCUGCCUGCAUGGACUGUUACUCCUCUCUCUGUGGUGCCCCUCUGCCGUGUGAUCCUGCCUUGGAACCAGCCCGUAAUGGACUGAAACCUCUACAAACUGUGAGCUAAAUAAACCUCUCCUCCUUUUAA